UCUCCGAUGAUACAAACGCGACAACGAUACAAAAACAGAAAGUUACGUCACGCACCCUAAACUCUGUGUGAAACUUCAGUCAUGUCCUCUUGUUCUCUCCCGCUGGUUCUCCUGGUUCUCAUAUGUGUUCAGUCCUUCACACUGGCCAAGGAAUCAAAAACACCAAGUUCAUGCUGUUUCGUGUUCCAGAAGAGAAAGAUUCCUGUACAGCUUAUUACUAAGUAUGAAGAAACCGAGCGUGCCUGUUACCACCCUGGAAUCGUUUUUAUCAUGAAGAACGGGCGUCGCCUGUGUGCAAAUCCCAGAGUUCAGUGGGUGAAGGAACACAUGGAUAAAAUAGACCAGCGUGUUCAUAAAACCUCAAACUAACUUCUGCCUGGAGUGGUGACAUUUACCCUUCUUUAAUACAAAAUUU